UGCCAAGAUCUUCAACGAUCUUCCAUUUCCUUGCCAAGAUCUUUAAGGAUCUUGACAGGAAAAUGUGAGAUCAUGGCAAGAAAAUGAAAGAUCCCUGAAGAUCUUGGCAAGAAAAUGAAAGAUCCUUGAAAAUCCUGGCAAGAAAAUGAAAGAUCCUCCAAGAUCUUGGCAAGAAAAUGAAAGAUCCCUGAGGAUCUCAGGAAGAAUUUCGAAGAUCUUCAAAGAUUUUCCAAGGGUCAUCAUGAAGAUUCUCAAGAGGAUCCUCAAAGGUCCUCAUGAAGAUGUUGCCGCCAUGUUACAAGCUGUUUUGUGUUGUUCUGUGUUACGGAAAAAUUCAUUUCGCCCUGUUGGAAAAAAUCUGUAAGCAGUAAAUUCACUGCAUAUUUCGUUAAGCAAUUAACCAAAUAAGGCAAGUUGUCAAACAAAAUGUAACUUAUCUUUGAUUGAAUAUCUUAAAACUCUGCUGGAGGUGUCGAAUCAAGAUAUAGGAUGCUGUCUAAAUAAAGCGACACAAGUGUUGCCUUUUAGGAUGUUUUCAAUUCCUUUAUAUUCAUUCCUACUCCUACUCGCUUGGUGCCCCUCAGCCUGUGGACAUCUUCUAGCAACAUGUUCGUCCGGCAUGACUGUUUCAAAUGUCCAGAGUGGGGUGAUAGAGAUCACUGGCUCACUAUCCAUCAACAACUAUCUGCAGCUAUCUUGCGUUUUGAAGCUGGGCAAACCCGGAAACUUUUUACGCAUGAAAACUAAAAGGAAUGACAAGAAGAAAGGUUUCUUGCACAUAUCUUUGUACCACCAAGGUGAGUCGUCUCUACUUGGUUACGUGGAGGUUUCAGAGCCAACACCAGUUUGGAACACAAUAAGCAUUUGUCCAACUGUUUUGACCAAUAAUAAAACCACAGAGGGGAGGUUGUUAUCAGUGGUGGGAAAAGGCAUUGGACUUUCUUUCACAGUGCAAAUAGCCGAAGGUGCAUCAGAAAUUGCGCUUGAUCAACCACUCACAGUCGAUGUCCAAGGAGAUGAGGUGAGCAUGUUCCAGUUCAUUCCACCUAAAGGAAUCUCUGAUAAACAACUGGACAUCACUGCUACGUCUGAAUCAAAAGUUGCUGCCUAUUUGAAGGUAUCGCAGAACUGUAAAGAGGUCGAUCUCCAGGAAGACCUAGAGAGCAUAGAUUACAAGAAGGAAUCUCUUCGACUUUCCUUUGCAAGAAAAGGACGUAUAACUUUAUCCAGAGUUUCCAUUCCCCCUCUGACCGAUUCCGUCUCCGGAUGGUUCAUUGGAAUUGGUCUGAAGAACUUAUCAGGUGACGUCAAGCUUAGUGAGUCAAAAAAUGUCACUUUAAAGCUGACAAGGUCGUUUGAUUAUAAUUAUGCCACGCCUAUUUGUGUCCUAUUUUUUGUAUCAUUUCUGGUCGGUAUAUUAGUGUCUAUCUUUGCGUAUUUUCUCUUCGAAGAGUCUCUUACCAAGGUCAAGGUUGGUAAAGGUAAACCGGGCGAUGAUAAUGUUGAGUUAAAAAUUUCAUGUUGCGACCUGUGGGAGGUAAUCAUAGAUCACUGGUUUUCCUUUGGUCCAAAGACCUAUUCCUAUCUCACAGGUAUUGUGGGUGCUGUGCUUAUGGUAGGCGCUUUUCAGUUCGUGUUUGCAAACUGGGAUACGAUGAUUCAGGAAGGGGACAGAGACAAUUGUUACUACAACGACUUUUGUUAUAGAGUUGCAAAUCAUGAUAUUCCGUUUAACUUGAUGAUAAGUAACUUGACUUACAUAGUCCACGGCCUAAUCUUAAUUGUGUGGGUACUGAUACUGGAAACCAAGGUGAAUCUUCGUUGCAAAAGCAGAUCUGGGCUCAACAAAGUAAUGCAGGGGUUUUUCUUUGCAUUCCUAAUCAUUUGGUGGCUUGUGAUGGAUUUUUGGGCUUUUCGUAAAUUAGAUAUCCACAAAAAGAUUCGUGGUGAUGACUGUAAAGAUAAAUUCCUAGCUAAAGCUAGGCCUUGGAAGAAGCUUUGCAAAUGCGAAUGCAAGUGUGUUUGCGAUUGUGAUUACUCAGUCAAGGUCAUUUUACAAGGUCUUUUCAUCUUUCUCACCAUUUUCAUUUUGUUAGCAGCUUUUGCCGUUUUUAAAGCGCUACCCACCACAAACAAAA